AAUUAAAAAAUUACUAAAAAGUCAAAUUCCCGAACGGUUAGUUUAUUUAAAAUUUAUGUUAUUGUUUCCAUAAAAGAAGGUUAAUUUGUCCUGCAAUCAAUAUUGGCUUUUUCUUUUGCUUUAUUGGAUUCCCCAAUUCCUCAGUGGGAAUAGAAGAAAAACAACACAAGAGAGAGAGAGAGAAAGAGAGAGAGAGAAAUGUACAACUUUUAACAGCCUAAAAGUUGAAAAAAGUUUUCUACAAUGCAGAUGGGACCAAAACAAGCAAACCCAUUUCAAUAUAUUCCAGUGUUAAAAGUGAUAAAAUGAGAGCCCGAUGAUCACAGAUCAUGUUAGAUCAUGAACAAGUUCUGUUGGAGGAGAUAUCUUAUGAAAUAAUAAUGAAAAAAGAAUAAAAGAUAAAGACACUUAUUUUCAGACAUCAUAACCCCUUGUGAGAGAAUAAAGAAGAAAAGAAAAUAAUUGUAAUCAAUAUUCAUGUAUAUUUAUAGAAUUGUUGAUAUAUUAUUGAUGACGGGUAUAAACAAUAUAAUCAAGAUUUCUGAUUAGUUUUAAUUAUAAAAAUAUAAUUGUCACAUCAUUUUAAUAUAAAAUAUUGCAUAAAAAUUUAACAAAGAAAAGCAUUUUUCUCAAAAAAGGUAUAAAGGAAUCGAGCACUUGGCGGCAAGAUGGCUAAAAAGAAUGCCUUCAAAAACAAGUUGAGAACACAAUUUUAAUAGAAGACUAAACUCAAUGCCCUGUUUAUAUUGUCAUUCCACCGAAAAACCAAUAAUAAAUAAAUAAAUAAAAGCAACAAGGAAGUUCUUUUCUAUGGCAUAUCACAUGACAUUUAAUCAAAGAAACACCAUUUGAUCCCAUUUUUCAAAACCGUCCUCAGACUAUCUUCAUUCUUGACCUCCGAAUUUACUCUGAAACAAUGGUUCCUGCUUCUCUCUGUGUGUAAACCACGCUAGCUCUCUUAACCUGCUAAGAGUUCUCACUAUACCAAUCAUGUCAACAAACCAGAAUCUCAGAGAUCUUCAAUGGGUUCUUCAGGCAAUCAAAUCCGAAAGCAUCAACCUGCACAGCAUCUCCUUCUACCUCUCUCAACCGAAUUCGGGUUGUCACCAAGAAACAGACAACUCCAUGAACAUAAACAUCUCCAAAGACAGCAAUUCACGCUUCUCUCACCUCCUCACAGCUCUAGGAACAGCCAAGAACACCAACUCAUCAUCCCUACGAAACUUGGAGUUUCACCAGGUUAAGUGGGAACGGCAGCAACUACAAAAUCUUGGGGUUUUACUUGAGAACAACACAAACAUCAAGCAAAUUGUGUUUCAGAAAAACAAGUUUAAUGUGGAAUGUUUAUCGGAAUUAUCAGAAAUUCUGAGAAGAAAUGGAGUCGUCAAAGAAAUCAUGUUUUCAGAAUCCGGGAUUGGGUCGGCUGGAGCUACCCUCAUUGCUUCAGCACUUAAGGUGAACAAUAGCUUGGAAGAAUUGCAGAUAUGGGAGGACUCGAUUGGGUCCAAGGGAGCAGAGGAGUUCUCGAAGAUGAUUGAAGUGAAUCCGACUUUGAAGCUGUUGACAAUCUUUGAUUCAUAUUCGAUAACAGCAACCCCACUGAUUUCAGCAGUUUUAGCAAGGAACAGAGACAUGGAAGUCCACGUUUGGAGCGGUGAACACGGCGAAAAAAGUUCCAAAGUGGUUGAAUUCGUACCCGAAAACAACACGCUUCGAAUAUACCGGCUCGACGUGGCAGGGUCUUGCAGGGUUGCUUGUGCUCUUGGGUGGAAUUCAACGGUGAAGUCGCUCGACAUGACCGGAGUCCGCCUGAAAUCACGGUGUGCCAAGGAGUUCCGGUGGGUUUUGGAACAGAACCGGACCCUGAAAGAGGUAAAUCUGUCGAAAACUUGCCUGAAGGACAAGGGAGUCGUGUAUGUCGCAGCUGGACUGUUCAAGAAUCAGAACCUGGAAAGUUUGUACCUUGAUGGAAACUGGUUUAGUGGAAUUGGUGUAGAACAUUUACUCUGCCCCUUGAGCCGGUUCUCCACCCUGCAAUGCCAAGCAAACAUAACACUAAAGUCAGUAACUUUUGGAGGGGGAAGAACUAAGAUAGGAAGGGAUGGUCUUGCAGCGAUCCUACAGAUGCUGACGACCAACCAGAGCGUGACACGGUUGGGGAUAUACGAUGAUGAAAGUUUGAGGCCCGAAGAUAUUGUCAAAAUCUUGAGGAGUUUGGAGAGGAACGCCACUUUAAGGUGCCUGUCGUUACAAGGCUGCAAAGGAGUGAACGGUGAGUUGGUGUUGCAGGCCAUAAUGGAGGCAAUACAGAUCAAUCCUUGGCUUGAGAACCUUGAUCUUGCAAGAACGCCGCUGCAGACUUCAGGGAAAACAGAUGGGAUUUAUCAGAAAUUGGGUCAGAAUGGAAGGACAGAACCAGAAACAGAAACAGAUUUGCUCAAGGACAUGCCAAUGGUGGUGCCCAAGAGCUGCCGAGUCUUCUUCUGCGGGCAAGAAUAUGCUGGUAAAACUACGUUAUGCAACUCCAUAUCCCAGAACUUCAAUUCCUCAAAGCUGCACUACAUUGAUCAAGUAAGAACCCUAGUGAACCCAGUAGAGCAAGCUGUUAAAACAGUAGGAAUGAAGAUAAAAACUUUCAAAGACGAAGACAAAAAGAUUUCAAUAUGGAACCUCGCUGGUCAGCAUGAGUUUUAUUCCCUCCAUGAUCUCAUGUUCCCAGGACAUGGAAGUGCAUCGUUUUUCCUGAUCGUAUCGAGUCUGUUUAGAAAACCCAACAACAGAGAACCAAAGACUCCGACUGAGAUCGAAGAAGACCUCCAAUAUUGGCUUAGGUUCAUAGUUUCCAAUUCAAGAAGAGCAGUCCAACAGUGCAUUCUACCGAAUGUAACUGUAGUCCUCACUCACACCGACAAAAUCAAUCAACCAUCACAGAACUUGCAGGCUACUGUAAACUCAAUUCAGAGAUUACGAGAUAAAUUCCAGGGCUUUGUUGAGUUCUACCCAACAGUAUUUACAGUCGAUGCAAGAUCGUCAGCAUCUGUGAGUAAGCUCACUCAUCACCUUCGAAAGACAAGCAAGACAGUACUCCAAAGGGUUCCUAGAGUGUAUGAGAUUUGCAAUGAUCUGACACAAAUUCUAUCAGAUUGGAGAUCGGAGAACUACAACAAGCCAGCAAUGAGGUGGAACGAGUUUGGUGAGCUAUGCCAGGUUCGAGUUCCAUCCUUGAGAAUUCGCUCAAGACACGAUAAGAAAGAGAAGGCAGAGAUGAGGAGGCGGGCUGUUGCUAAUUGCCUUCAUCAUAUAGGCGAGGUGAUAUAUUUUGACGAACUGGGGAUUCUAAUCUUGGAUUGCGAGUGGUUUUGUGGUGAAGUGUUGGGUCAACUAACAAAAUUAGAUGUUAGAAAGCAAAGCUCGACAGAAAAUAAGGGAUUCAUAAGCAGAAAAGAGUUGGAGAAGAUUCUAAAAGGGAGUUUGCAGAGCCAGAUUCCUGGGAUGGGUUCGAAGGUUUUUGAGAACUUGGACGCCAGUGAUCUUGUGAGAAUGAUGCUGAAAUUGGAACUGUGUUACGAACAAGAUCCUAGAGAUCCAAAUUCACUCCUGCUGAUUCCUUCCAUUCUGGAAGAAGGUAGGGGGAGGCCACAGAGAUGGCAGUUAAACAUGCCCGACUGUGUCUACACAGGGCGACAUCUAGAGUGUGAUGAUUCGAGCCACAUGUUUCUCACACCAGGCUUCUUUCCCCGCUUACAGGUUCAUCUCCACAACAGAAUCAUGGGGUUAAAGAACCAACAUGGAGCAACUUACAGUCUUGAGAAGUACCUCAUCUCAAUCAAUAUCAAUGGUAUCCAUGUCAGAGUAGAGCUCGGAGGGCAGUUGGGUUACUACAUCGACGUCCUUGCGUGCUCCACCCAUAAUUUGACAGAAACUUUAAGACUCUUGCAUCAGCUUAUAAUACCCACAAUACAGAGCCUCUGCCAUGGUGUCACGUUGACUGAAAACAUUCUACGCCCAGAAUGUGUCAGAAAUCUAACACCUCCGAGAUACAGAAAAACCCAAUUUGUGCCUCUGCAACAAUUGAAAGAGGCACUACUCUCGGUCCCUGCAGAAAGCAUGUAUGAUUAUCAGCAUACGUGGAGUUCAGUCUCGGACUCUGGCAACCCUGUUUUAACCGCUGGUUUUGAUUUUGCCAGAGACCUCCUAUCAGAUGAUGACUUUCGGGAAGUACUGCAUCGAAGAUAUCAUGACCUACACAACCUUGCUGUGGAAUUGCAAGUCCCACCGGAAAACGACCCAGAUGAAUUAGAUCAUGCUACAGGUGAAGAAAAAGUUGAUCCAACAUUUGGAGGAAUUGCCAAGGGGGUUGAACAAGUUUUGCAGAGACUGAAGAUCAUUGAACAAGAAAUCAGAGAUUUGAAGCAGGAGAUUCAAGGGCUUAGAUAUUACGAACACAGACUUCUAAUUGAGCUUCAUCGCAAAGUGAACUACAUUGUCAACUACAAUGUCCAACUUGAAGAAAGAAAAGUCCCCAACAUGUUCUAUUUUGUCAGGACAGAGAACUACUCGAGAAGAUUGGUUACCACCAUGAUUUCUGGCAUGAAUGCAGUCAGGCUGCACAUGUUGUGCGAAUACCGGCAAGAAAUGCACGUGGUUGAAGAUCAGUUGGGUUGCGAACUAAUGCAAAUCAACAACGUGGCAGUGCAGAGCUUGGCUCCGUACAUGAAGAAGUUCAUGACGCUGCUAACAUUUGCUCUCAAGAUAGGAGCUCAUUUAGCAGCUGGAAUGGGACAAAUGAUACCGGAUUUGGGCAAAGAAGUUGCACAUCUGGCAGACUCUUCGCUUCUGACUGGGGCAGCAGGUGCAGUUGCAGCUGGCGCUGUUGGGGCUGCAGCUGCUGGACGUAUUGAGGGAAGCAGAAACAGAAGCUCAAGGGACAUUCACCAAGAUCAAAGAACAGCACAGCAAUGGGUUAUUGAUUUUUUAAGGGAUCGAAGUUGUUCGACUGGAAGAGAAAUCGCUGAGAAGUUUGGAUUAUGGAGAGUGAGGUACAGGGACAGUGGCCAGAUUGCAUGGAUUUGCAGGAGGCACUUGUACACUAGAGUAAACGAAGUAAUUGAAGUACCAAUUUGAAUUUGUGUUAGUAGUUUAUUGGGUGGGGAAGUCUCUCUUUCCUUUUUCUCUUCUUCUUCUUCUACUACUUUUUUUUUUUUUCGUUUUCUUUUUUGGUUGUUGUGGGUUGGGUCAAGAGGGGGAUUCAAUCACAUCAUUCGCAUUUUAUGAAUGCCUCAAUAAUUUUUUCUUUUCAAUAAAAAUUAUCUUCUGCUAACUACAAGACCA